CUGUGUUCAGAUGUGUUGGUGAUGGUGCUGCUGCCGGUGCUCAGAGCCCAGGAGGGGCCUCCUGCCCCCCCGUGUCCCACUUCCUGUCUGCUCUGCUCCCAGGAGGCUGUCAUCUGCCAAAGACUCUCUCAGAUUAUUGAGGCUCCCGGUUCGACACAGGCCCUGCUCCUUACUGAGGGCUCCAUCUCCAGGGUCCAGACCUCCUCGCUGUCCGACCUCUCCAACAUCACCGUUCUAGGUCUGAGUCAGAACCGGAUCUCAGAGCUGGGUCAGGAGGCCUUCAGGAACCUGCCCUUCCUCCAGACCCUACUGCUGGACCACAACCUCCUGACCGGCCCGGCCCUGGAGGGGGGGGCUCUGAAAGGCCUAUCCCAGCUGGAGGUGCUCGCCCUGGGCCACAACCUCCUCAGCAUGAUCCAGGCUGAUUGGUUUAAAGGCACAGAGGCUCUUAUCAGUCUGAAACUGGAGGGAAACCUGCUCAGGAAUGUGGACUCUGGCUCGUUCCCCCUGAAUGGCCUUCGAGAUCUGGAGACUCUGGAUCUGUCAGAUAAUCUGAUCGAUCGUCUGGAUGAAAACAGUUUCAAUGGCCUGGUGAGUCUCCGGACUCUGGACCUCUCCAGGAACCGCCUGAGUUCUGCCCCCGCCGAGGCCUUUUCCUACCUGAGCUGGCUGGGAAACUUAAACCUGGACCUAAACUCCUGGAACUGCUCCUGCGAGCUGCUGGAGCUGGUGGAGCUCCUGUCCACCUUCAUCCAGCAACCCGACAAGGUGCCAGAGCUGUCGUGA